AUGAAUAAUUUGGAUAUUAUAUUGACGUUGCUGUGCGUCGUUUGCGGUAUAUUAGGAGAUCGACGUUACAUCGCUAUUCCUGUCGAUAAUAUUGACAGUAUCGACGUCAUCGAGGUGAAUUCAAUCGCACCUUCGUUAUCAAGGGUAGAAAGACAAACGGAGGGGUAUAUACCCGUUGCUGUAUCUAGCGUUUCUCAUCAAGACGAUUCCAAGAUGCAGUAUUCCGAGCAAUCGGCCGCGCAUGUCCUGGACUAUGUUGAUUUUGGUGGACAUACCGGCUCCAAUGGAGCUUACAGCUGGUAUGCUGAUUAUCCGGCUCAUCGUUUGUAA